AUGCUCUCAACAUCUGGAGACCUUGUAUUCUUGCUACAAACCUACUUCAGUGCCGAUAUCAGCUUAGUGCGCUCGCUAUACAUUCUUACCGCACUAGUGUCGCUCUGGCCACUGUGGCGUCUGCACCGUCGUCAGACCCAUGACCCUCGGCAGCCUGCCCUUACUGGUUGGUCCAAAAGCCUUCGUCAAACACUUCAAAGCGCUGCUCAGCAACAUAUACCAUACAACAAUGACACCGAGUACGGACUGGAUGAAGACAGCUCUAGAGCUAUUAGUGAAGGCCUACAUGCCGACGCUGAACUCGUGUAUGAGCUCCUGGGUAUCUCCCCAGAGUCCAUCUCAGCUUCAAACGCUCUACCGCUUCCUCCCAUCAUCCUCUGCACCACACAUGUAGAGUGCGUGCUGUGUGAUCCGCCCCAGCCUCGACGUUCUCUGCGCAGGCGCAUUGCUGGACAGAAAGUCAAGGUCCUCACCUCAGAUCUCCGAUGGCGCGAGGCCACCUUGUUUGUGGCCCACUGUGUCGACUGUCUAGCAGACUACUAUCCCGACUUCAUCACAUAUUCGGAUCAUCAAGGCCAGCGUCGCCAGAAGUUGGACUGUAGUGCCCGUUACCUCCGCAUCUCAAAGCAUGGAAUCUGGGCAGAGCGGCGUUUGGCAUGGGCACAAGAACAUGCCCUCAUCCGCUUUCACUCAGGCUGGGCCAACUUUGCCAACUGGGUCAAUGAUCUUUUGCCAAUGAAACCCCUUCUUACAAACCGCCAGUCUCAACGCUUAUUCCUAGAACACUUCACUCGCAGACUGCUUGUGGCCCAUGGACAGCACGAAGACUUCUCUGUCCCUGCUCAUUCCGAUGCUACCACUCUGGCAGCUGCCUUACGCGAUCAAAUUGGAGCAGAUGGAGGAGUGUUGCAGAGUGCCCUGACUCAUGGCUGCACUGGAUGCACUCAUGUCAAGCGUUACUACUCAGACCUUGAAGAACAGGGGGCAAUACUUGAUGGGGUCAAUCCAGAUCAAGUAGCUGACAUAGAUGCUGAGGACGAGGAAUUAGUACCUAACCCACAAGAGGGCGACAUCGAGCUACCUAGGAACUUGGCAGUUCCUGCUCCUAUCCAUCAGGGGGCUCCUGUAGGUGAACCUCGAGGAUAUGUUCAGCUUGCAGUUAUGGAUGGAAAGACGAUCACACAUAAGGUAUGUGCCCUUGACGACUGUCGCAACCCCCUAGUAGACUACCGUCGAGGGCGGUUCUGUGAAGAUCACAUAGAUCUCCAGAACGUGUGUGGUAUUGUCCCUUGUGGUCGACAAGUUGCCCCAGGUGAAGUAACGUGCGAUCUUGAAGCACACCGCACUUGGUAUCGGAAAUGGCAAGCUCGAUUCACCCGUAUGUCAUUUGCUGGUGUGCAGCGGGUUAUACGCAGGCAGCAAGCUGCCCCUAGUAAUCCUGGCGGUCACCGCCCAAACCUCCAAGUCCAGCUUCCCCCACUAGCUGAUACUCCGGGCCACGAAGUCGUUCAUACAUUCCGCGCAAAGACGACCUACUGCCUAGAAACCAUUCAAUGGGCGUGUGGAAUGCCCAUCGGAUGGGGCAAGUGCUAUAAGUCUGAAAGCACUCCCCAGGUCCUCGAUUUUAUCAAUAGGAUAUGGCCUGAAGAAGCGCAACAUGUAAGGCCAAGUUUCAUCGUAUUUGAUGAUGCUUGUGAUCUUCUUCGCCAUAUUGUCACUCAAGAUCCUGGAGACGCUUGGGUCGCAACAACGAAGUUUGUUGUUGAUGCAUGGCACUAUAUUGGUCAUAAGGCAACAGAUGUACUCUGUCGCCUUUGGUGUAAUCCAGCUCCUAGAGAUGGGUCGCAACCGGACCUGGUAGUGGUAGACACAGAUGAUCUCGGCAAUGUCCAUCUGGUUCGUGCAUUCAACACUGAGACUGCAGAGCAGUUCAAUGCAUGGCUCAGUGGAUUCGAAGGUCUAAUGCGCUCUAUGACCAAUGUCAACUAUGACUUCUUUGUUCAUGUACUCUUUUUAGUCUACAGCGAGGAGGUUGAGGAGAGAAUAAGGCGGAAUAAUCAGGAGCUGGAUGAGGAAUUUUGGGAUGCAGUAGAAGAGUUACUUUAG